AUGUUCAAAGUUGAAGUUACUGCCCAUCUCUUUCUAGCGUACCUACAGGAUUGUAAGAUAAUAAAUGAUGUAAAGAAAGCAAAAUGGAAGGAGCAAUCAAAAAAAAGUGUGUUGAUUCUAAUAAAUGUUGAUGGUGAGUUCGCCAAGGCCGUAUUAGGGGAAGCUGCUGAAGAGUUGGAGAUAGUAUUGGUUGAUAUGUCCGAUGGUAAGAAAGUUAUGAUCAGCCUUUGUAACGAUGUCGCUCCUAUUAAACAGGGAAUUUUACAUUACGAUGCUGAUUUAAAGCUACAAACAGAAGUAACCGAAGAUCAUGAUGGAAUGAGAGAUAUGUACGAUGUGAACACUUGGAAUGUUUUCCAGGGUAAAUUUAAACUCUCUGCUGUAAGUUGCAGCACGACAGAUGUCGCCAAAGGUGAGGAUCAAGGGCCCGAAGUUGAAACUUUACGGAGGCAACUAAAGCUUGCUAAAGAUAAGGGGAUCCCUAUUGCUCGAGCCAAAGCACCUGAUGAUAUGCCAGGGUUUGAGGACGAAUACGAAAUUCAAGGUGAACGUCACGUUCCACCUGUCUAUGAUCCAGACCUCUUUCCAUCCCGAGAACAUACAAGACCAGGCACAUAUGGUGACAGGGAUUUGUAUCCAACUGGGGAGAAGUACCCAGAUAUUUUAGAUCCUUCGCCUUCUGCAGGACCUAAGGGGGGAAUGGUCUUUGACCCUAAACAUUCUGGCAGCUUGCCAUUGCCCUAUGGAGGGAAAUUUGACCCAGAUGACCCAGAUGACCCCAGAAAGCCAUCAGGGUUCCUCCCCGGAGCACGGUGGAAUAGCCCGUUCGGCAGCAGUCGUGGUUUUCCAGGUUUUGGUAGCCCUGGCAGUGGCAAACCGGGGUUUCUUUAG